CCCGGAUGUGCUCGACCAUGUGCAGUUCAGUCUCAGUAGUUCCACACGACUGUCCUCUCCCUCGGUCGUUUUAUCAUUCCGUCUGGCAGAACUCGCAUCGGCUGCAAGCCUUUACUUCACAGAGAUGUUUCGUUUACCCACAAUCAUGAAGCAGGUGAGGCCCGUGAGCCGGGCGCUGGCUCCUCACCUCACACGGGCCUACGCCAAGGAUGUGAAGUUUGGGGCGGACGCCCGCGCCCUCAUGCUGCAGGGGGUGGACCUGCUGGCAGAUGCUGUGGCCGUCACUAUGGGCCCAAAGGGUCGCACCGUUAUCAUCGAGCAGAGCUGGGGCAGCCCAAAGGUCACCAAGGACGGCGUGACGGUUGCUAAGAGCAUCGACCUGAAGGACAAGUACAAAAACAUCGGUGCCAAGCUGGUGCAGGACGUGGCCAACAACACCAACGAGGAGGCCGGCGACGGCACAACCACCGCCACCGUGCUGGCUCGCGCCAUCGCCAAAGAGGGCUUCGACACCAUCAGCAAAGGCGCCAACCCCGUGGAGAUCCGCCGCGGCGUCAUGAUGGCCGUGGACACCAUCAUCAACGAGCUGAAGAAGCUGUCUAAGCCCGUCACGACCCCCGAGGAGAUCGCACAGGUUGCCACAAUCUCGGCUAAUGGAGACGUGGAGAUCGGUAACAUCAUUUCCAACGCCAUGAAGAAAGUCGGCCGCAAGGGAGUGAUCACAGUAAAGGAUGGAAAGACUCUGCACGAUGAGCUGGAAAUCAUCGAGGGCAUGAAGUUCGACCGUGGUUACAUCUCGCCUUACUUCAUCAACACUGCUAAAGGCCAGAAAUGCGAGUUCCAGGAUGCCUACCUGCUGCUGAGUGAGAAGAAGAUCUCCAGUGUCCAGAGCAUCGUGCCGGCUCUGGAAAUCGCCAACCAGCACCGCAAACCCCUGGUCAUCGUGGCGGAGGACGUGGACGGAGAAGCUCUCAGCACCCUGGUUCUCAACAGGCUGAAGGUGGGGCUUCAGGUGGUCGCUGUUAAAGCUCCGGGCUUCGGUGACAACAGGAAGAACCAGCUGAAGGACAUGGCCGUCGCUACCGGAGGGACGGUGUUCGGGGACGAGGCUAUCAGUCUGGCUCUUGAAGACAUUCAGGCUCACGACUUCGGCAGAGUCGGCGAGGUUCAGAUCACCAAAGACGACACUCUGCUGCUGAAAGGCGGCGGCAGCCCGGCCGACAUCGAGAAGCGGGCGGCGGAGAUCGUGGAGCAGCUGGAGAACACCACCAGCGACUACGAGAAGGAGAAGCUCAACGAGAGGCUGGCCAAGCUGUCGGACGGCGUGGCGGUGCUGAAGGUGGGAGGAACGAGCGACGUGGAGGUGAACGAGAAGAAGGACCGUGUGACGGACGCCCUGAACGCCACCCGGGCCGCCGUGGAGGAGGGCAUCGUACUCGGAGGAGGCUGCGCUCUGCUGCGCUGCAUCCCCUCCCUCGACACGCUCAAAACUGCCAACAACGACCAGAAGAUCGGCGUGGACAUCAUCCGACGGGCGCUCCGUAUUCCCGCCAUGACGAUCGCCAAGAACGCCGGCGUAGAGGGCUCGCUGGUGGUGGAGAAGAUCCUGCAGGGACCACCGGAGCUCGGCUACGACGCCAUGCAGGGCGAAUACGUCAACAUGGUGGAGAAGGGCAUCAUCGACCCCACCAAGGUGGUCAGGACGGCUCUGCUAGACGCUGCAGGAGUCGCAUCUCUGCUCUCGACCGCCGAGGCCGUCGUCACGGAGAUCCCCAAGGAGGAGAAGGAGAUGCCCGGAGGAAUGGGAGGCAUGGGUGGAAUGGGAGGAAUGGGAGGUGGCAUGGGUUUCUGAGCUGGUCCUCCUGACUUUGUACAGACUGAAUCAGCAGAUGAGCUGGAGGUGGCGAAGAAUCGCCAUCCCAGAAUGUGACUAUGAGAACUUCAGAGCUUCGAAUGUUUGACUGCUCAAAACAGACAGAGCUGAGCGAGAUCCUCACCCCUCCAGACCGGCACAAGACUCAAGACGCUAACAGGGUUCAUCUGGACGGAUGCUUCAGGUUUAUUUCAGCCUGGUGGGGUCACUGUCGAGGUGUCUUUGUGGCUCACGUUGUCGUUGAAACUCAUCUGGAACGCACUUUUCUCACCUCCUCAUUCGUCGAGGUGACGAGCGUGAAGGUCGGCGUGAUUCACGGAGACACGAUCCACAGAAACGUCAGGCUGAAAUAAAGUGAAACGUUCCUUCAGUGGACCAGAGAGCAGGCCUUCAGUGUCGACGUCCUCGUUUUUCGUCGUAGUUUUCUGUUUAAUUCUUGUUUUUUUUAUAUAUGUUUGUCAUCAGUGAUUUAAUCUAAAUAAACCAGUUUUCUUACGGA